CCGAAAGAAUAGGUUCGAGAAAUUGCAGCGAGAGCAAGAGAAAAAGUCGGAGAUUCAGUAACAUACGACAACUCCGGUAAUCUCCUUGAUAAUUGUAGGAUAAAUCACGAAAGAAUCGACCGAGUUUGACAGUGACCUCUGUGACGACACAGGCGAUUGGCUCGUCCAUAGUACCCUACGUGGUAUUCGUCGGGAUAAAAGUUUCUUGUCUCUCAUAGGUCGACGUACAAUGCAACUGAAUUUAAGUUCAAAUAAAGGAAUCGGUUUCUGUUAACUGCCACCCGGCCAAGUCUUGGGAAGAAAGGAAGCCGUCUCUGGCCGUCCUGCUGGUUCUACCCGCAUCUCUGCUUUCCAUUUGAGAACAGCUGGUUAAUCUUUCGCGAGAAAACUUAUCGGUUCGUAGAACGAACAGACAUGUCACUGACGCGCGAGCAUUAGAUGGAAUCUCGUUUACCAAAACCAAAAAUUAUAUUGAAAAAGACCAUUAGUAGUACAACGGAUAUGAAUAGUAAUAAUAAUAAUAACAAUAAGCAACAGGUAGCUAAGAGUGGAGAGAAUGCUAUGAGAUCAACAAGUACAAAAACUACGAAUGAAAACAAAGCGUUAGUCAAGCCACUUCUAGUCCGUUCAAAGACAUUCUCCACGAUUACACAGGCUAGCAGUUCAAAACCUGUUAAGAGAACAGCUACCACUGCGGUUGCCAAUGUAACUGAAGCCAAGAGACCGUUUGUUAAACCUAAGGCAUUGGCGAAUAGACCCAAUGCACUGACUAGUAAUGCGACGAGCAAGGUGGCUCAGAAUGACACCGGCAAGAUACAAAAAUGGGACUUGCGGGGUCGUUUGGCACAGGCGAGCGAUAAGCUGUCGGUUGUACAACAGAAGAACAAGGAUAUAGAGACAAAGUACAAUGAGCUCCAAGGAUUGACGGCUACUCUGAAAGCCAGUGAAGCCGCACAUAAAGUUAAGGCCGAGAAUCUUGAGGUGUCCAACAAAGCGUUGAGCAGUGAACUCGAAACUCUGAAAGUAGAAAUGUCGACGAUGCAACAGCAGCAGGAGGAUUUAAUGAAACGUUUGAAGGAAUCGGAAGAAUCGUGCGCGAUUGCCUCUCAAACACUGAGGGAACUUCAAAAGGAGCACAUCACGCAAGGAGUAUUGCUCGCCGAGCAGAGUGGGCAAUUGAUAACGCUGAAGGCUGUCUUAGAGUCACAGAAGAAGAUAAACGAGGAUUUGAGCACUGCGAAGGAUGAGUUGCAGAAUUUGACGCACAAGAUGGAUAAGGAACGUAGAUUACUGCAUAACAAUAUACAAGAGUUGAAGGGCAACAUCAGAGUCUUCUGUCGAGUUCGCCCGAGAACUUCCAAAGAAAUCGAACUGAUGAAAACAACGUGUAGCAUAAAUUUCCUGGACGAUUGCACAGUUGAGAUAGGCAAACUGGAUGGCUCAGACACGACGAGCUAUAAUGGGAAGCAACGGUGUACUAAACAAGAAUUCUCCUUCGAUAAAGUAUUCGCACCUAACGCUUCGCAAGCGGAUAUAUUCGAGGAGUUGUCCCUUCUUGUUCAAUCCGCACUCGAGGGAUAUAACGUUUGCGUAUUUGCUUACGGUCAAACUGGUUCUGGCAAGACAUACACUAUGGAAGGAGAUUGUGGCUUGGAAACUGAAGGGAUGAUACCCAGAACAGUACGACAUAUAUUCAAAGAGAUGAAGCAGUUUGAGCUCCUCGGCUGGCAAUAUCGGAUAGAGGCGAGCUUCCUGGAGAUUUACAAUGAGCACAUCGUCGAUCUGCUCGAUUCUCAACCGAAGAGUCACGAGAUACGAAUGGUCGACAGUAAAGGGCAGGAUUUAUACGUUAGUAAUCUUCAAAUAGAAGAGAUCAACAACCCGGACAAGUUGCACGAAUGUCUUCGAACUGCACAACGCAAUCGAGCUGUUGCGGCUACCCAAUCGAACGAACGAUCAUCCAGGUCACACUCGGUUACACGAAUACGAUUAAUCGGCACGCACACCACCAAGCAGGAAGUGUCGGUGGGAAAUUUGAAUCUGGUUGAUUUAGCCGGAUCCGAGCGUUUAAAAAGUGAAGAGGUUGUCAGGACCACGGAAACGAAGAAUAUCAACAAGUCGCUGGCGAAUCUUGGUAAUGUCAUAUUGGCACUCUUGAAGAAACAGGAGCACGUUCCUUAUAGAAACUCCAAACUGACCCAUCUACUCAUGCCUUCCCUGGGAGGCAAUUCGAAGACUCUGAUGUUGCUUAAUAUAUCGCCGAUAGAUGAAUGCUACAACGAGACGUUAAAUUCGUUGAGAUUCGCCAGCAGUGUCAACAGCUGUAAGACUGGUAAUGUUAAGAGGAGUCGAAUGCUCUUAAAUAAUAAUACGAGUAUUUAAAACGGAAGGACAGUUUCUAGCUCCGGUAAGAGUAUUCAGGAGCUUGCAUUUUACGUAAUA